AUGUACUUGUUGGGUUGUGGCACAGCAGGCCAGGUUCAUCCCACGACUACCUCCCCCGACCGAGCCGCUAAAUUCUCUAUUCAAGUCAUCUCCUACGACCAACUCGGAAGCUCCCGUUUGACGCAUCGCUCAUUGAAGCAAUUGUUAUUCUUGUCUAUUGGUACCUUCAUCAACCAACUGGCCAACCUCCUGAGGCGCUUCCGCAUCCAGGACGGGUUCUUUCGUGGGGUGGGACACUCGGUUUAG